UGUGGAAGUCGCUAGAAAAAGUGCACAACACUCCAGCAGCAGACGCCGACCGGUACGGUCUGAAAGCGUUAGUACCUCACAUUGUCACACGCGCGUGUUCGUCGGCAGCCACGGUGGUACCUCCCCUUCGCUGUUUACAGAUCGCCAUCCGAUCGGUCUCGACAUUUCGUGUGCCAGUGAGCCAGCGGGCGUUGUGCAGGUGAUCGAGUCGAAUCUCGAGUGUCCGUAGCGUGUUAGGAUUGGCACAUUUUCGUCUAAAGCUUAGCUUAGGCGAAACAACCACAAUACACAGUGCAGUCGUAGCGCGGUGCUAUAAAGCUUUGCGGUUCCAAUUGGUGUCAACGGCGGAAAUUAAAGCUCUGCACGGCGAAGCGACGCGAUCAUGCGCAUGGACAGCUCGUUACGACGGUUCUGGACCGCGUUGACGCGUAAGAAACAGAACGAAGACGAUGGCUCGGAGUCACAGUUGGCGCGCGUUCUAACGCUACUCGAUCUCACCGGUCUCGGCGUCGGCAGUACGCUCGGACUGGGUGUGUACGUGCUGGCCGGAUCGGUAGCCCGUGAGCAGGCCGGUCCAGCGGUUGUCGUUUCGUUUCUGGUUGCCGCAAUUGCCUCGGCCAUUGCUGCCCUAUGCUACGCCGAGUUUGCUGCCCGUGUUCCCAAGGCCGGCUCAGCAUACGUGUACAGCUAUGUCAGUAUUGGCGAGUUCACUGCGUUUACGAUCGGUUGGAACUUAAUUCUGGAGUAUGUGAUCGGAACAUCGAGCGUAGCACGUGGUAUGAGUGGUUACAUCGAUUCGUUGGUCGACAACAAGAUCAGCAUCGCGAUGCGUGAUGCCAUGCCGAUAGAUGUCGACUUCCUGUCCGAGUAUCCGGACUUUUUCUCCUUCGUCGUGGUGCUGAUACUGGCCGGACUGCUGGCGUACGGUGUGAAGGAGUCAACGCUCAUGAACAACAUCUUCACCGGCGUCAACUUGAUCGUGAUCGGUGUUGUACUUGUGGCGGGCGGAAUGAACUGUGAUCCGGACAAUUGGUCUAUCAAGCCGGAAGACAUUCCAGCCGGUGCCAAUGGAGGUGCCGGAGGAUUCGCACCGUUCGGUUUCGCCGGCAUUAUGGCCGGUGCGGCCAAGUGUUUCUAUGGAUUCGUUGGGUUCGAUUGUAUUGCGACCACCGGGGAGGAAGCGCAGAAUCCGGAGCGAAACAUUCCGCUUGCGAUCGUCAUCUCGCUGAUCAUCAUUUUCCUCGCAUACUUUGGCAUUUCGACCGUGCUGACGAUGGCCUUGCCGUACUAUCUGCAGGACCCGGAAGCACCCUUCCCGCAUCUGUUCGAAACGCUUGGCUGGACGGCGAUCAAGUGGAUCGUCUCGAUUGGUGCGAUCUUUGCCCUCUGCACCAGCCUGCUCGGUGCCAUGUUCCCGUUGCCCCGUGUGCUGUACGCCAUGUCCUCGGAUGGCAUCAUCUACAAGAAGCUGCAAACGGUUAAUCCGAAGACACAGACACCGGUGCUUGCUACGAUGUUAUCUGGCCUGUUGGCGGCCAUCAUGGCAGCUUUGUUUAAUCUACAACAACUAAUUGACAUGAUGUCAAUAGGAACCUUGCUUGCUUAUACGAUCGUGGCCGUCAGCGUGUUGGUGCUUCGUUACCAAUCAGAGGAGCUGAUGAGCACCACGGGCUUCAGUGUAACCGUACCGGAGGUGCUCCGUCAAAUCGUCAAUGGAUCGCGCAUCAAGGAACCGACACACCUUUCGUCGGCUAUCGUCAAAUUCAGUGUUUGCAUCUUUGCGGUGUUCGUCUGUGGUGCCUGCGGUAUUCUGGUCCCGGCCGAGGACUAUAUCAACGGUGACUACCCGGGUGUGAUCGCGGGAUUGGCCAUUCUGGUGGCCCUCAUGGUUGCGCUGUUUGUCGUUAUAUCUCUCCAGCCCACCGAUAGCGUGAAGCUUACGUUCAAAGUGCCGCUAGUGCCACUGCUACCACUGAUUAGUGUGUUCUUCAAUCUGUACUUGAUGUUCCAACUUGAUUCCGGCACCUGGAUACGGUUCGCCGUGUGGAUUGCAGUCGGUUACUUCAUCUACUUCACGUACGGUAUCCGUCACUCGAUCGAGGGUGAGCGUUUGGUGAUGAAAUCGGAGCUAGCCAAUGGUAAGGCGGCCAGCGCUCCCAACGGUAUCGACAACACGGCAUACGAUGGGGAGGAGAAACCGGGAUCCACCAUUCAGCGUGCUUCGUAUACGAUAGCAAACGAAUCGUAGAGUGGAGCGGAUUCUUCCCCCCUACCCUAUGUUCGAUGGCAAAAGGUCGGAGCGCCCGCAGUAUUAGUGCAAGCAUUCCAAGCAUUCCAAGCAUUCUCCAAUCGACGAUCAACUCCUUCCGUGUUCGUGUUUAAGAUUAGUUAAGUACAAAGCGACAAGCAUGGACCGUGCAUGGACCGUUCCAUCCGACAACUGAUCUACUACGCGUGCGUGAGAUUGGACCACACUUACAGUGAUUGUGAUAAUUAUUGCAUAUUAGUUUUGUAAGAAUUUACUAGAGAUACAUCGAAAUGAAACAGCCGUCCUCCACCGCCGUCGCCUCCGCCGCCGUAGGUCGCCACUGUGAUGUCACCCUUACAUUCCGAUUUAUGUGGUGCCCAUGCCUUAACGACACCGACACUCGGUCGUCAUAUCGUCAAUCCUGUUCCAUUCCUGUGGACCUCCAUUUCAUCGGUCACAUUCCACCCGUUUGUGAAUAUCGCUCGUGCAGCUACCUCGCUAAUGACGGCACUAAUGACCGCUAGCUGUACCCCUAAGUGAUUACUGUUAGACACGAUGUUCAUGUUCUUUUUGUUUUUAUUAUCCAUUCUUGUUUUUAAAUUCUUUUCCUGGCGAUACUAAAUGUUGUGACGAACAGACGGACAAUAAAUCAAUCAAACCGA